AUGUCCCACAGUCGCCCGUGUAUAGUGCGUUUGUCCCGUCUGCUGAGAUAUUUGGUUCUGGUGACGUUCUGCGCCAUGAUUUCAUUUAGCGGUUAUAUAUUUCUCAAUUUUCUCCCAACGUUUGAGAAAGGACAACUGAUUUCCCAAAGGAGGUCACCGCUGAUCAGAGACGACAAUGAAGUUGGAUUUGCUCCGCGAGAUGUUCCUGGCCAUCUGCUAAAACACAGCAACAACUUUAGAGAACGGUACAGACAUUUGUACGAGUCUCAACCGAUAUCUUUUGGAAGCGAUGUUGUCAAGGACAGUAAAAAGUGUUUUAUAUAUCGUUGCGACACAAACAAAAUGUCCGGUUGUGGCGACUGGGCUGAUCAUGUUAAAGGAAUAGAAGCCGCAUACUUAAUUGCCAAUUUGACCGGAAGAGUUUUCAAAGCAGAAAUGCACGGAUUUCCCUGCAAAUUCGCGGAUUUUAUACAACCAAAUUUAGUUAAUUGGACUCUUUACAAAACGUUCCAUCCAAUCCACUCCAUUUUGUAUAAACGGUUAUUUCUACUGGUGCCUCGCCUUCUUAAAAAGUUGGAGCUUUUCCUGUACUCAGUUUUGCCAUCUCCUGAGCAUCGUCUUAUCUGUGUGGACCUUGGAACUAAAACGAAUUUGUUACGCUCAUUUGAAGACAAUCGAAGCAACCAGCUUAACUAUCUCUCCAAUGUGUGGAGCUUUAUCAGAACGAAUUCACUCACCAACAUCGACAAAGUGUUUAUCAACACAGAUUCACCAGAAGUUUUAUCAUUAGCUAAAACGGAAAUCUUUAAAAGCAGACUGGUGACAUCCCCUCAAAAACGACCAUCUUCGGCCCAUUCAGAACAGUUGCAGUCAGUCUGUGAGAGUUUGGAAGCGGAUAUUUUUAGUCAGCAUAUACUGGUCAACUGUGAUAUUUUAGUGGUCAGUAGUAACAGUUUGGGUCAUCUAGCAGCUUACCUCCGAGAGACAGACAAGGGCUUGUAUUGUCUGAUGGGAAAUGGACAUAUACAUCCGUGCAGGGCAGACAGACUCAAUGAGUUGUAUACGAUGCACGAAUAG